CCUUGAAUAAUCUAAAAUCUCUUAUGGGUCGCGGAAACCAUCUUGAAAAAUUUAGAAGUUUUGUUGAAUUUUAUCUAUUUUUAUUAUUAAUUUUAAUUUGUAAUAAUUUCAUUGCGGUAUGUGUGAAAUAGAAGAAAUUCGUAUGACGAAGUGUUAACUGCAUGUUCACUAUCCGGAUAUCUUUGAAACUUGGUUAGAGAGUGAGUAAUUAACAAAAGCCCUGGAAGGUAAAAAAGCCGCAGCAAUGGGAAAUGCGGCUACGGCCAAAAAAUACAACGCAGAAAGCGUCAAGGAGUAUUUAGAUAAGGCCAAAGAACAAUUCGAAGAAAAGUGGAAGAAGACUGGCUCCGACGAUGCUACGUUAGACGAUUUCGAGCGAGUCCGAACGCUGGGAACCGGAUCCUUCGGCCGAGUAAUGUUCGUACAACAUAAGCCAACUAAACAAUACUUCGCGAUGAAAAUAUUAGAAAAAGAAAAAGUCGUAAAAUUAAAACAAGUAGAGCAUACGUUACACGAAAAACAAAUCCUGCAAUCUAUUAAUUUUCCGUUUUUAGUUAGUAUGAAAUACCAUUUUAAAGAUAAUUCGAAUUUAUAUAUGGUACUAGAGUAUGUUCCUGGCGGAGAAAUGUUUUCUCAUCUACGUAAAGUUGGCAAAUUCAGCGAAGCACACUCGCGAUUCUACGCUGCCCAGAUCGUAUUAGCGUUCGAAUACCUUCAUUAUUUGGAAAUUAUUUACCGUGACCUUAAACCUGAAAAUCUGCUCAUCGAUAGUAAAGGUUAUCUUAAAGUUACUGACUUCGGAUUCGCCAAACGGGUUAAAGGUAGAACAUGGACACUCUGCGGAACGCCCGAAUAUCUUGCACCGGAAAUUAUCUUGAGCAAAGGUUACAAUAAGGCAGUCGAUUGGUGGGCGCUGGGAGUUCUGCUCUACGAAAUGGCAGCUGGCUAUCCGCCUUUCUUCGCAGACCAGCCCAUUCAAAUUUACGAAAAAAUUGUAUCAGGCCGAUUACGAUUCGCAUCUCAUUUUAGUUCUGAUUUAAAAGACAUUUUACGCAACUUACUUCAAGUCGAUUUAACCAAACGAUAUGGAAAUCUAAAGAACGGCGUUAACGAUAUAAAGGGCCAUAAAUGGUUCUCCACCGUCGACUGGAUCGCUAUUUUCCAGAAAAAAGUCGCCGCUCCUUUCAUUCCAACUUGUAAAGGGCCCAGUGAUACUAGUAACUUCGACGAUUACGAAGAAGAAACAUUAAAAAUUUCAUCAUCAGAAAAAUACGCCAAGGAAUUUGCAAAUUUUUAAAAAGUAUUAUUGCUUUGAUAGUGAUUUUUAGUAUAUCGUAAUUUCGUACGCUAUAGAUUUAGCCUACCUGUGAAAUGAUCAACAUGAUAGCGUCUCUCACACUUCAAAAACAACCAAAAAAAAAAAAUGAAUAUUAAUAACGAUUAAAAUAUAAUAAAGAUAAUGUGAUAAGAAAUUUCUUAAGGGUAUCGUAUAUUCGUAUUUGAAUAACUACCUAUUAUUGGUUGCAUUUAUAUCAGCACGUUCCAAGCGCCCUAUGGUAAAAUGUAUUUACAUAUUUUUUCCCCCCUUGUUCCUCUUCGUCGUCGAUCGAAAUUUCAAUUCGUAUAUAUCGUCACGUUUGUGUAAAUUGAGUCCCUCUUUUAUAAUUACCACCCUGGCCGAGAAAUCAUUUUAAAAAUCCUUCAACGAUGAAGCAUGUUUCAGUACGGUAAUUCAAUUGUCCGGUUACGCACGUUCAUACUUGCGUAUUAAUAAGUCAACAACAAUUUCGUAACAAAAUUUAGAAAUUGAAAAAAGUGAUCGAAAUUCAAAACUGAUCAAGGUAGGCUCAGUCAAUCAUUCUGCGAAUUUGGGAACGUGCUUCGUUAAACGUAGUUGGUGGUCUUCAUCAAUUCUCAAUGUACCUUACUAGGUAAUAAAAAUUUUCCUCAAUUUAUUCUAUACCUACAUUUUACAAAUUUUCUCGAGACGAUCUGUAAUAUAUAUUUUAUAUAAGGCGUACGUUACAUUACCUCAAAGUAUUUUAUCAUUUUCUGACGCAUCACUGGGUGAAAAAAAAAAUGAAAAAAUUGAAAAAAAUGCAAACGAUUUGCAACUUUUACCAAAAACUUGUCGCUUUCAAGUCCACCAAUUAUUUCCCUGUAAAUAAAAGUUCCAAUUUUAAGUUGUUAACGUAGGAAUUAAAUUUAAUAUUUUAAAUAUAUUGAAAAAAAAAAAUUAUUAGGAAAUACUGAUGGUUUGGAUCCGUUUUUUACGGAUUUAUUAAUAUUUUUCGUGCUAGUCUUUAUUUCAUAGUUUUAAACUGUUGAUCAUUCGUGAAAUUUUUUUCUUGUAAAUUUACUUUUACUGACUUCAUACGUAUUCAUCUUUUUAUUGUUUAGUUGAUAAUGUUAGUGUUACUUUUAAUUACUGCGUUUUAUUGAGUCCUGAUUUUUCGUCAAUCAAAAGUAGAAUGCAAAAUUUCUAUUAUUUUCAUAUUAUCGUAUUUUUGUUUUUGUCUAUUUUUUUUUCUGUUUUUUAAGAAUCAUUUUAUUUAUUUUUAUUUAUUUUUUUUCGUUCAUUUACCUUUAUUCGCGUUUAAUAAGUACAUAUAUAAGACACGCAGCAAAGAUGCGACAUGGAUGUUGAAUUUUUAUUCCACAUCGCUUUAUCGUGAAAGCUUUAUUACUCGCGAGUAAAAAAAAAAAGUUGUAUGAAAAUGAAAAAUUAUUAUAGCGUACAUAAUUCGGUCGGUUGAGUUUGAGAAUUUUAAUAAAAGCCUAACACAUCGCUUAGAGUAGGCUGCUUGGCAGUCGAUGAAAAAAAGUAUUUUUGGAAUAAUACGCUAUACAAACAACAAUUUAGCAGAUCUGCGAACCUCGAUUUUUAACGGCAUGUGCAUUUCAUGAUUAUCUCACUCUUAACUUGACCGUAUUUUUGAGUUUUAAAUUUGUUUUCUUUUUUGUAAUUUACCAUGCAAUAUAUCAUUUCUAAAUUUUAUUCUUGUUUAUUUUGUUUUUGUUUUUUCUAAAUGGUAAUUGGGAAAAAUGAAAAAAAUAGUAAUUAGAAAUUCCAAAUUUUUUUAUUCGUUCGUCGUACAGAUUUUCCUUUAAUUUUCAUUUUUGAAAAAAUUUCGAGUAGUAGAAAAGCAUUUCGAUCGAUUAUCACAAUGAAUACCCUAAAAUAUCGAUCGAUCAAAACGAUAUCUCGCGCAAUGUGUAUAUUUUUUAGAUUUAAGUAUCUCCCCUUUUCUGAAGCUCUUGUUUAUUGUCAAGGUCUCUAAUUGUGUUUAAGAUUUGUUUUUUGUAAAUUCAUUUGUCGAAAUUUUCGCCAUGUUCGUGUUAUUAUUUGGUCGUUAUUUUCGAUGAGCGGGCUCUUCUUCCCCUCUCCCCCCUUUUCUAAUAUGUAAUGAGUUUAUGUGUUACCGGUAUAUAAGCAUCACAUUAAGUUUUAAUUUUCCUCCAUUCGUGUCGAAAAAUGUUUCACGUUUGAUGUGCUUAUUCCAAGCUACUACGUAUACUGUAUAGUUACGUGUUUAUAAUGCAAUGUAAUGAUGAAGUUUCUUUCGUUUAUCGAUCAAUUGGCGUAUUCUUUUAAUAAGCUUAACGCACACAUUACAUUGAUAUAUUACCAUGACAGUACAAAAAUAUUUGAAUACAUUCAUAUAUGUAUAAAUGUUACGUUCCCCCUGUUUCAGUUCUAUCGUCGAGUAUUUUUUUUGUUUAAUACGACGACCGAAUGUACCGUUUAAUUUUCAAUUUUCAUUUUCGUGCGCUCAUUUGACAAUUUUUCGACGAUCGAUUCGAACGUCAUUUUCAUAGGCAUCGUGUUGAAUUUUAUGAGAUCUUAACGAAAUAAUCUACGUAUGUAUAAGGGCGAGGGAGAGAGGAAAACACUAGUAUAAUGAUCGUUCUCUUUACACUGUUAACUGUAUACAAGUUGAAGAAAUGACAGAAAAUUAACUGAAAAUUUUUUAUUUUAAGUAGAUGAGAAAUUUUUCGUUUUAAUUCUGUCAUUUGGCUCGCUUCGGAAGUUCCUUUUUUUGAUGCCAGUAUUUCGAGAUUUAUAUAUUGCUGUAUUGCCGACGAGAAUCGCUAUAAGUUUACGCUGAAUGAAUUCUUAGAUUAUUAUAAUAAUGGUUGGUUUUUUCUUAAAUACUUUUCUAGGGAUUUUUUUACGAUACUUUUCCCCCCAAAGGCUUCAGUUUCACUGGUUAGAUUUUUUGAAAAAUCUACAUCAGGCUUCAGGGUAAUUUUAAUAAUCGUUUUAUUUGUUUCGCGUUUCAGCCGUUUAUUAAUUUAUGUACUUAUCUAAUUUCGUUUUAUCGAUCUUCCUGGUAUAUACAAAUCUCUCGUGUCUUGAUUUCGAAAUAGUAAUUGAUAAUCUCACGUGUCGCGAAAUGUUCCCCCCUCGUGUGGUGGUAAAUGAUCUAAUUAUAGGCAACAUCGUUCAGUUCUUAGAAAUGCAACCAGGAUUGUAAAUAAUCUUCGCAUUUUAUUUAUGAAUUUGUAUUGUUUUUUUUUUACACGUUAACACUAUACAGGGUGUCUACCAGGUCGUGAAAAGGUCGCGAUUUUAAAAAUUAGUCGCGAAAGUCAAGAAAAAGAUCGCGAUUUUGAAAAUAGGUCGCGAAAGUCAAGAAAAAGAUCGCGAUUUUGAAAAUAGGUCGCGAAAAAGUCACUAUUAUGAAAAUAGGUCGCUAAAGUUAUGAAAAAGUCGCGAAAAAGAUCGCAAAAGUUGAGAAAAAAAAAUCGAGAUUUUUACCAAAAAUCUUCAAAAAGUCGCUAAAAAUCAUCCUAAAUUAAAAAUAAGUUUUCAUUAUUUUUUUCAUAUUUUUUUCGUAUCGAGAAAAAGAUCGCGAUUUUGAGAAGAGGUCGCGAAAGUCAAGAAAAAGAUCGCGAAUUUGAAAAUAGGUCGCGAAAAAAGGUCGCAAAAGUCGCGAAAAAGUCACUACAGUAGUUGCCGCUUAAUGUGAUCGGGUUGGGACGGAGUGGUUGCUAUUCUAUUAACCGAAUUAUUCCAAUAAACGAAAAAUUAAAAAAAGAUGAUUUAUUGAACUUGUAUACUGUACUACAAUAAUGGUACCUAAAAACGUACAAAAAGUGGAAAUUUUUUGGUGAAAAGCAAGAAUGACAAUUUUAGCAAAAAAAGAACUUAUUUGGCAAAAAAAUGGUACUUUUUGACAAUUUCUGAAAAAUACGCAUGGCUUUUGAUAAUUUUUGGAAAAAGUGAAAUUCUUUAGCAAUUGCGAGAAUUUAUUCAAAAAGCAAAAAUGUGGCAAUUUUGGGAACUAUUGGCAAAGAAAUGACACUUUUUCAUAACUUUUUUCAAAAAAUGAGAAUUUUUUUGCAAUUUUUGGCGAUUUUAAAUAAAAAAAAGAGCUAAAAAGAUGGACUUCUUGACAAUUUUUGGCAAAAUGCAAGAUCUUUGAAUAAUUUUACCAAAAAACAAGACUUUUUUGCAAUCUUUGUUGAAAAUGGGAGAUUUUUUUUCAAUUAUUUGGUUAAAAAGCGAGACUUUUUGUUUGUUUUUCUUUUUUGACAAAAAAUAUUUCUAUUUCAUUGAUUUUUCCUACUUUUUGAAAAAUUUUCCAUUCCAUUAACCGAAUUUAUUCACCUUUGAUUACCACAUAAAGCGAAAUUCUUUCAAUGUAAAAAGAUACAACCGUUCCGUCCCAACGACUUCCCAUUCUAUUAAGCGAAUUAUUCUAAUAACCGCAAUGAUAAUAAGCGGCAACUACUGUAUUAUGAAAAUAGGUCGCUAAAGUUAUGAAAAAGUCGCGAAAAAGGUCGCAAAUGUUGUUGAGAAAAAAAGUCGCGAAAAAGAUCGCGAAAGUUGAGAGAAAAAAAUCGCGAUUUUUACCAAAAAUCAUCAAAAAGGCGCUAAAAAUCAUCCUAAAUUAAAAAUAAGUUUUCAUUAUUUUUUUCAUAUUUCUUUCGUAUCGAGAAAAAGAUCGCGAUUUUGAGAAGAGGUCGCGAAAGUCGCGAAAAAGUCACUAUUUUGAAAAUAGGUCGUGAAAGUUAUGAAAAAGGUCGCGAAAGUUGAGAAAAAAAUCGCGAUUUUUACCAAAAAUCAUCAAAAAGUCACUAUAAAUCAUCCUAAAUUAAAAAUAAAGUUUUCAUUCUGUUUCAUAUUUCUUUCGUACAGAGUAUGAUUGUAUUUCAUACAUUUUUAAUGUCACCUGAGAGCUAUUGAAAGUCGGCCAAAAACUCCCUGAAAAAAGUGUGAAACUCAUUGGAAACCCAGAUUUUUUCGUUGAAAAAGGGUGGAGGGGUAGGGUACUGGGAAAAGGUCGCUAAAGAAAAUGGUCGCGAAAGGUCGCGAUUUGUGAGUAUCAAAUUUUGGUAGACACCCUGUAUGAAACAAUGUAUAAAUUAAGCUAAAGUUCAUUCAUCUCGAAGCUAUAAAACAAUGCCUCUUCAAAAUAUUAUAAUCUCAAGUGAACUUAACGAAUCCGAAAACUAAUCUCUCGCGAAUUUAUACACCUAUUUUAAGUGCAUGUUUUGUAAACAAUAUUGAUAAUCAUUUCGAUUCGCGACAUUUUUUUAGAGAGAAAACUGUAACGUUGAAUGCAAUUUUCUCGAAUUCAUUUCUGAAAAUUUGUUGCCUGACUAAGUUUAUUGUGUAGGGCUUCAUCGCAUGAAAAUGCACGUGUUCUAUGGUUUUAAUAUAGCGAGACGAAUUGUUUUGGAAAAUUAUUAAUUUUCUGGAUUUCUUUAAGAUGCAGAAACAUUCUGCCGUAAUUAAUUGGCACGUUUUCACAAUUGUAUAGUGCAGGUUACGCUAGAAAAAUUUUUAAAUGAGUAGACUCGUUAUGUACAUUACAUUUAUCUCUUCGUGACAUUUUUAAAUUAAUUUGAAGGGUUAUUUUUGGUAUAUUCGAAGCAGAAUCUAGCACACGGUCGUAGUAAUUUCACUCCUCGCGCUAAAAAGUUUCAAAAUUUGUAAUUUCAUUCGAGUAUAUAGAAAAUUUCACUUUUCGACUGAUCGUCUCCCUUCCUGGCUCCCCCCUCGAGGGUGGCGAUAAUUUUUCUCGAGCUAAUGAGUUAUUAUUUUGCAAAAUAGUACAGACCUUUUCACCAUCGAUAUACCUCUAUUUAUUGCAAUUUUGAAACGUACAUAGAUGAAGUUCGUUCCCUCGAAGAAAAAAAAAAGGCGGUCACACUCUGUUGAAACGUUCGUGGAAAUUUACUUUCUUGAUUACUCAACUCCAGAACUUUAUCGUCGUUCGCUGAGUAUUCGUGUGUGCGAGCAAAGCGUGUUUUGCAUUACAAAUUGAACGCAAAGGAAACGUUGAACGUGCAUGAGUUGUAUUAUUAAUGCAUAUAUUGGUCAUAUAGACAAUCAAAUUUUCUGUCGAGGAUGCAACGAAUGACUUCUCUUCUUCGAUGAUUACUUUUCAAGGUCGUGUGAUUGCUUCUUCAUUGUGCAUAUACAACUUUAUAAUAACGUAAUAAUGUAUGAUUAGACCGUCUACAGUUUCCGUGUUAUCGAACUAAUUUUAGAUGAAAAUCUUGUUGAAAAUUCCCUUUUGAGUAUCUUCACAUUUUGUGAUUAAAAAUUUUUGAGAUAUUUGCAUCGUUCUAUGGAUUUUUUUAUCGUUCGAGAACAGUGUCGUACUACAAAUUGAAUAUAUUUUGUUCUAUUUUUUUUUUUUUUUUUCAUAAAUUCGUUGUAGGCUAACUAGAUGUUUUUAACACAUUAAAACAAACAUUUUUAUACUCGUCUGGCUCGAAAAACGCGAAUACAGCGCGACAACGCCGAAGACGAUUCGUGUAAUCGUAACACGGAAUCAUUACCUAAUGUGUAAAUUAUAUUAUAAAUUAUUUCCUGUCUUCUCUUCGAACGGAAGUAACCGAUUAAAAUGUUUUUAGAAUAAACAUUAUACACAGUUUUAGACAACUUGUGCACGAUUGAAACACUUUUCAGGACGAUUAAAACGAAGCUUUCGUUAAUUUUUCUUUUCUUUUUACUCGAUGUGUUCACUUUGAUUCGGUGCCAGGCUCAAAGUUAUUAAUUUAAACGUUACGUAUGGUUUAAAAUUUUCUACUUACUAUUGUUGUAUGUGUGUAAUUUAAAUUGUUCCAGUGGAGUAGCCUGAAAUUUUCAACGGGGGAGGGCGAACUGAAGGCAGAUGUGUAUUUUUGGUAUACCUACUACUACAAGUGUACUGAGAAUAGCCAACCUACUAAAAAAAUGAUGCUUUUUCCUGUAUCGAAUAUUCGAAUUUUAUCCUAAAUUGUACAUAGGUACCUACCUAAUACCUAUAUUUGUGCAAAUUUGUUUCGUUUUUGACUUUUGAGAUGAAUAUCCGAUUACCUACCUGUACGAAUUUGCAAGUAGGCUACACCACUGAUGCAAUCUCGUAAUUUGGUUUUUAUUAAGGUAAAUUUGUAACGUAGCAUGGAUUAGUCUUGACGCACAAUUUUCUGCACAAUGUAUACCUACUACUAUAUUUUGUUCGAUUAUUUUGAAAUUUAUUCGGUAGGUAUAUACCUAUAGAUAGGUAUGUAUAAUUAUCUAUGCGUAGAGACUACGUUUUGUUGUUUUUAUCUGCGAAAAUUUUUUGGGUAUUUUUAUAUGUGAAGGACAAGUUGUGCGCCUCAUUUCGUCAAUUCGGUCAAAUUUGCUAUUGAGAGUGAAAAAAAUUGAUGAAAUGUGGAGUGUGGAAAAAUGAAUGCAAAAAAAAAAACAAAUGAUGAAAAAACUUUGAAUUUUUAUAUUUUUGUUUCAGAAUAACUGUUUUUUUAACCUGAACAUUUUCUACUAAAAAUUUUGCUAACAUUAUUUUUUCUCUAAAAUAAUUUCAAUGUAUGAAAAUUUACCAUUUUUGUGUCUGAAUUUUUUUCUUUUUUCAAGAAAAACCCCUCCCUUGGUCUCUCGCAGAGGUCUCCAAAAUUAGAAAAAAUAACAGACAACCCUUUUGAAAUCCAAAAUCUCAACCUGAUAAAUCAAAUCAAAAACUUUCUCUGCAUGUGUAUAAUAAUCCCAAUCUCAAACACCCCCUCCCCCCCCCCCAAUGAACAAAAACAAAAUUAAAUGUAGGUAAGGUACUUGAAAAUAUAAAAUUCAGAUUUGUAAAAUUUUUUGAAAAAUUUUCAAUUUCUGGUAAAACAUUUUUGAAUACCCCCCCCCUCUUUCUCAUUUUCAAUAAACAGCCUCCUUCCACCCCUGUCUGUAAUAUUGGUCCCCUUGCGUAAAAAUCAUCAAUGUUGAAAAAUUUGUGUAAACAAUCAAAAUUCUUCUAUGUCAGUAGAAAGUGGCAUUAGAAAAUUCAUCAUUAGUGAAUAAAGUAUUAGAGAAAAUGACAUUGGAAAAAUUUGUUAUCAGAGAAAAUGUUUUAGAGAAAACGUCAUAAAAUCCUUGGAAAACUCUAAAUUCACAUACAAAAUAAUGAGAACUGAGGUAUGUAUUUUCUAGACCCAUUGAAGAAGUGAAAAAUUUUACCCAAGAAUCUCAUUUUUUAAAUUCCAUUUUUGGUAUUAAAUUGCAAUUUUCAUGAGCAAACAGGGAUGUAAAACUAAAAACAGAAAAAAUUGGAAAGAUUUAUCGAUUUUGGACGAAAACUGAAACUUCUAUUGGCAAAAACUUUUAACCGAAACUGACAACUAAAUUGAAAAAAAUUUCAAGUUUUUUAUAAAAGAAAUUUCUCAAAAAUUUACAACGAAUAUUAUUGAUUUUUAUCCCAAAUACCAGUGUUGAAACAGCAGUGAAGUCAGAAAAAUUCCAUAAAUGCUGUCAAAAUUGUAUAAAACCUUUAACCUUGUUAACUUAAAAAUCACUGAAAAGCGAAAAAAAUCGCGAAAGUUGCGAAAAAGGUCGCGAAAAUCGAGAAAAAGAUCGCGAAAGUUGCGAAAAAGAUCGCGAAAAGUGCAAAUAAGUCGCGAUCUUUAUCAAAAAAAAAUCACCAAAAAGGUCGCAAAAAAUUGUCCUGGACGAUUUAAAAGACAAAAAAUGAACUUCUCGCAUAAAAACACCGUUUUUAAACAAAAAUUGUUGCUGAAAAAGAUGUGAAUUAUGAGGAAAAGAAAAAAUAUAGGUACCUAUCAAAUUACAUGUUUGCAGAUGAAGAUUUCGAAAACGUAGUCUCGAGCAUGAAAUGUAUAAAAAUAGUUUUUAUCUGAUUUCAAUUUUCGACUUUUUUCUGUGUAAUAAUAAUUCUUCCAUUUUUUAAUUUUUUUUUUUUUUUUUUUUAUGCGAAUCAUCGAGGAGUGCAUUCUACGUGAAUUUUGUACAUAGUAGAUUUCAAUUUACGGCGAUCGUUCGUUUCUCUACCCCAAACAAAAAUGGAAGUAAAAUAAUUGUAAUAUAAAAUGGGUCCGCGAAGGUGAUUAGAUAAUUAGUAGUUGUGGUGCAUGUACACAUAUUUGGUCAGCAUAAUUUGUUGAAAGUUGAAACAACAGGUACCUACGAAGUUCGGACCGCGUGUACCGAAUUAAUUUGCUUCACCGGUGUAAAAAUUUAAUACACUUUCGAGUAUAAAUGCGUUAAAUGUCGUAGUAGCGAAGCGUAUUUUUACAAAAGAAUCGUUGAUUAUUAAUUAUUUCAUAUUCAUUACAUUUCCGUCGAAAAACUGAGUACUAAAAAAAAAAAAAAAACACAAGCUCAUUUUUGUUCAUUGUGUUUACGUUUUGUUAUUCUUCCCUCCUCCUCUGAAACUCUGAAGUAUUCUCGCUGUAAUCCUUAUUAAAAUAAUUCGUCAUAAAACCGAAAAAAACAAUUAGAAACAAUGAUUGUAUUAUUUUAAAAUUAAAGAUGAAUUUUUCAUCGUAAUUUCUUCACAUAUUCGUACGUCGUUGCUUCAGGUUUCGAAGUUCGAACGAGGGUCUUGCGAUGUUACCGUGUUUGGUAAUUUUUUUUUUUAGUAGACUUUUUACGCUGGCAGUUAAUUAUCUAAUAUGGAAAUUAAGUUAUUAUUUUUGCUCGCAUGUGAACGUAAACGAACUACCUACAUUGUAUAAUUUCGCUAAAAUAUUAACAAACGUGGCUGUAUUUUUAAAAUUGAAAGGAAAUAUACACUCAGGCAUUUACUACGUACCUAUUUAUUAGUACAUUUAUAUCGACGCAUUUAUUUAACUUAUACCUAUAUUUUACUCAAUAAAUAUUAAUUCGAGUGAGUUUAUAAAAUGUGAAGACGUAAAAUUCACUUCUAAAUUGGCUUUAAUUAACGUCACAUUAUCCGAAUACCGGUACAGUAUUGUGGCCAAGUUGAUUAAAAAUAAAAAAGAGUAAAAAAAACGAAAACAGCGAGGUUUUUUUUUGUAAUAAUAACAAUUUGAUGAAGUUUUUUCGUGGACGUUAGAAUUUAAUUAGAGCUUAGUAUUUCGUAUAAUAAAUUUAUCGUUUUGUAUGAUUUAUCAUUCUUGUUUCUCGAGUACAUCAAAUAGGUAUAGAGAAUGUGUAUGGGUAUUUUCGCAUACCAACCUAUAAAAAUUUAAAUUGCGCUUCGAUUUAGAAAUUUUUUCCCCAUGUUCGCGACAUUUUCCUUUUUUUUUUUUUUUGUGUUCCCACUAAUUUGAUUUGUUUCGCUUACGAAUGGUUAUUAUUAUCGCGUACAUAUAUAAUGGAAUUUUCGUAUGUGUUAAAAUAAUUUUCAAUUGAAAUAAUAUAUUAUUAAAUAUCGAACUGGCAAAAGUAUUGUACAAAUGUUAAGAAAAAAAUGGGACCAAUCUUCUUCCAUAGAAUCUAAAGCCAAAAAUUAAUUAACGAUGGUUGGGAAUGUCACGAAAAGUUUUAUGGUUGAUUUUUUUUCUCCAAGUGUUCGCCUCAUCGGCGUACUAUAUUUAAUGUAUGUGUUUUUCAUAACCGAAUAUGUGAUAGCCUGAUAAUUUUAAGAAAUCGUAUACCGUUUUUUUGAAAUACUUAUUCAAAAAUUAUAUUAAAAUUUUCGUUAUUUUUAGAAACCCAAAAAAAAAGUGAAGAUUUCUUUAUUAUAGUCGCAGCACAGCAGACCUUUUACGCGAUUUUAAAUGCUAAAAAAAAAUUGCCAGUUUUAAAUUUCAAUUUAAUCGGUUACAUUACCUACACGUGUUAAUGUUAAAAGAUUUUAAAUAGCGGAAUUAUAUAAGAAUUCGUCAUUUUUUCUAUUGUAUGUAUGUUUUUAAUGAAAGCUGCUUCGUUGGUUUUAGGUUUUGUUAUUUUAAUCAAAUAUUUAUUUUUAAAUAAAAAAAAAAUUAUUAUGAAUAUUUGUGUUCAUAUCAGGUGUAUAUGAGAAGUGCACAUAUAUAUUUUUUUCAUUGUUUCCCCUCCCCCCUCCCCCCAGCAAUAUGUAUAAAUUUUUAGUUUUAGUAUACAUAAAAUGGAUUUUAAUAAAUUUAAUCAACUUUGUACUUUUGUCUGUAUUCGUAUAUACCUGUAUGAAAUAAGAAGUGAAAAAUUUUUUAGAUUAGAAAAUGUUUCAAACUGAGCUACAUACAUUUUAUUUUUAAUAUCAUUGCUAGUUCAUUACCAUUGUUGCUACAAAUCAUUUAUAUUAUACACUUAAGCUUAUUUAUACGUAAUCAUGUUUACGAUAUAAUUUUUUUUCUCGUCAAAGUUUUAGUUACAUUUUAAAGAUAAGUAUUAGUGCAAUUAUUUUUAUUUUUAUUUCUUUUCGUUAUUUUUAUCGACGGGUAACGUUAAUAUACGCGUAUGGUUUUUUUUCUUUAUUUUUUUUUUUUUCAUUUUAAUUUGUUUUUGUUUUGUUUUAUUGUUUUUAUUUUCUUGAUUAAGAAAACAUAAAAGCUAUACGUUUUCUUUCGUAGUUUUCACAAUGUAUUACUUUAAUUUUUUUUUUAAUCGAAUAAAUAGAAAAAAGUGA